AUGUAUAGAUGUAGUUUUGGGAAAAGUGUAGUAAAUUUGUUCUUCCAUCAAGUUAAUCACAUUUUAACAAGGAAUACAGUGAAUUUUAGUGAUUUCUCGAAAUUGAGGAAUUUUAACCCAUUAGGUGGGAUUAAUCCCGGAUCUUCCAUUCCCUUGGCCCGAUGUGUAUCUGUUAGAAGGAUGACCACAGCCUCUGCUGAGUCCCAAGAUAGACCUGUAUUGAGUAAGACUCUGACAAAGCAGGAGCUGAAGAAUUUUCAGGGCAACUACCAAAGAUAUAAAAGGAACUUCGGCCUCCCAGAGUUCCACAACGUUGAUCUUGACCGGAACGGACUGAUAAUUGAGCCCACUGACCGUUUUAUGCUCGUCCUAACCACUUCCAAGAACAACGUGCACGCUCAGCUAGUUAAUCGCAGUAAAAACUACAAGACUGUUUUCGGUUCCUUUGCCGGGAACGUCGGCUACCGCAAGAAGAUGCAACAGACUGAUAAAUGUGCCUACAGGAUCGGCGAGAACAUUGCCAGAAAGUGUAAAAGGCUUGGAAUCUUUGCUGUCGACGUCAAGUUCAGGAGAAUCGCACGCGUAGAAAAUGUGUUACAGGCCUUCCACGCGCUCGGACUCCAGGUCAGUCAGCUGAUUCACGAGUCCAGACUCCCCAAGACUGGCGUCAACUCCGUCAGGCCAAGGAGGCGACGCAGGGUUUAA